AUGUCUAAAACAACGGACCAGGGUCCCGGCUGGCGAUUGGCUUUGAGUCUGCCACUGGCCGUGGCUGGGAUCUGCGCCUAUCUUUGGACCGGCCAGAACAGUGCUAUUCUAUCGACCGAGUCAAAGUACCGCCCGACAGCUUCGGUCACAAUCAAUCAGGGCACUGUACUUGGCAGACUUGUGACCGAUGGCACGUUUGAUAAACCGCUGGAAGGCUUCAUGGGAAUACCAUACGCACUCCCUCCCGUCGGACAACUGAGAUUCCGGCACGCUGUGCCGGUACCGUCCGGGAACGGAACACAAGAAGCAUUUGAGCUUGGCCCAAGAUGUCCAGGGAAGCAGCUUGUUCCCUUUACAGAUGAUGAGUGGCUAGGCCCUGACUGGGAAAGCGAAGACUGCUUGACGAUCAAUGUGUACCGACCCAACGGUCACACAGAUGAGGCCAAAAAGCUGCCCGUUGCUGUGAUGAUUCCGGGCGGCGCCUUCAACCGCGGGGCUGCACGAAUGCACAACACACCGUCUAUGCUGGCAUGGUCUGAAGAACCCUGGAUUGGUGUAUCGAUGCAAUACCGGAUUGGUGUUGCCGGUGGGAUGAAUAGUGCACUGACUAAGAAAGAGGGUCUGUUGAACCUCGGACUCAAAGACAUGUACGUGGCUUUGGAAUGGGUUCAAAAGAACAUCGCGGCUUUUGGUGGUGAUCCGGAUAAUGUAACCAUCAUGGGCUUAUCCGCCGCCGCGCAUGGAGUAUUUCCGACCUAUCUAUCCGUCGAGUCGCAUCUUGCUGAUGAUAUCCAGAUCGGACAUCUCAUCAUGGACAUCAACCAGAAGAAGACUCUCUUCCAUAAGGCUAUCAUGGACUCCGGAGGACACACUGCACGCGUGGUGCACGCGCCCGAGUCUACUCUGAACGAGGCACAUUUCCAAGAAUUCCUUGAGCUCACAGGCUGUGGUCACAGACCCGAGCAUGAGAUACUGCCAUGUCUCCGAGCGCUGCCGUCCUCGACGGUCCUCGAGUCUGGCCAGAAGGUCUACGAGCAAUCUAAUCCUUCUGUACGAUGGGCUUGGCAACCCGUCCUUGAUGGUGAUGUCAUCUCGAGGCGUCCAAUUGAUGCGUGGAAGUCUGGAAAAUGGAACAAGGUCCCCAUCUUGACGGGGUCAGCCCACAACGAAGGAGCCAUGUACGUUCCCAAGACGGCAUCAACUCCCGAAGACUUUGAAAAGUUCUUCCGCACACUCUUGCCCCAACUUUCGGAUAAGGAUGCAGCAGAGUUGAAAGACCUCUAUUCGGAUCCUUCCGAGAACCCAGAUUCGCAGUACGUCGAGACCCGACCUCUUGAUAUUGGGCCGCAAUACAAGCGUGCCGAAGCUGCCUACGGUCACUACGCGUAUACUUGCCCCGUUCGCCAGACCGCAAUCUGGGGGAGUAGGUCAUCGAACGACCCUCCUGUGUAUCUCUAUCAUUGGGCCUUGAACAAGACUGCUCUGUACGGUGCCAACCACGGCGACCAGAUGCGUUACCAGACCUACAAUGCCGAGGUCAGAUCCAUUUCACCGAAGCAGGAUGAGAUUGCUGGGUUCAUGCACGCAUACGCGACAUCCUUCAUCGUUCACGGCGACCCGAAUACGAUCAAGGGCAAGUUCAAAGACCGUCCUGAGUGGCUACCUUUUUCAGGCCGGAAGGGGGAGAAUGUGGGAAAUACAAUGAUAAUUGGUCAGGGCAACGAUGAACGUGCUGGUGGGUCUGGCCUGGGGACUUCAGCUCAGUUCAAGGACUACAAGUGGGCGGAGAAAGAGUGUAACUUUUGGUGGAAGCAGACGGAAAACUUUGAAGACUAA